AUGAACAGCGUGAAGACAGUAGUAAGACCUCUCCAACGGUCUAACAACAUUCAUUUCCUAAGAAAAAUGGCAACCGAAUCAAUUGCAUACCCAACCCUAAUCAAAGCUGCUUCUCAAAAUUCAUCUUUGAGACUGAACCACAGUUGCGUGCGGAUUAAGAACCCGGAAACAAGUUUAAAGUUUUAUACCUCAAAUUUUGGGAUGACUUUGGUUGGGCAUAAAAAGUUUCCUGAUAUGAAAUUCGAUUUGUAUUUCCUUUCUUUCCCUAAAACUCCAUUUCCGCAAAACGAAAAGGGCGAGGACGAUGUGUUUGGCGUAAGUGGUGUUUUAGAGCUCACGCACAACUAUGGGACUGAAGAUGACCCCGACUUCAAAGUCAACAACGGUAACGAGGAGCCUUUUAGAGGUUUUGGUCACAUCUGCUUCUCUUUACCUGACGUUGAGAAAACUUGCGCGGAACUGGAGGCCAACGGCGUCGCAUUCAAAAAAAGACUUAGCGACGGGAGACAGAAGAACAUCGCGUUUGCGCUAGACCCCGACGGGUACUGGAUUGAGCUUCUUUCGUACAAUAGGUCUCCAGAGGUGAAACCCAUCGACGAGGGCUACAAGUUCAAUCACACAAUGGUGCGCAUUAAGGACCCGGCCAAGUCUCUUGGGUUCUACCAGAACGUCCUGGGGAUGAAGCUCUUGGACAAAAACGAGCACGCAAAUGCCAAAUUCACACUCUACUUCUUGGGUUACGAUACCAGCGACAAACCGAGAUGGGCCAAGGAAGGUAUCUUGGAGCUGACUCACAACUGGGGCACUGAAAACGAAGCGGAUUUUCACUACCAUACUGGCAAUGAUAAACCCCAGGGCUACGGUCACAUCUGCCUCAGUUUAGACGACCCUGCCGCUUUGUGCCACGAAAUUGAGUCCGUGUACGGCGAGAGCAUAAGCUGGGGCGUCAAAUUCAACCACGGUAAGAUGAAGAACUUGGCCUUUAUUAAAGACCCCGAUGGAUACUCCAUUGAAAUUGUGCCUUGCGGUUUGAUUGCCUGA